UCAAAUAAAUUGAUCACACAAAUUUCUCUGACGUUCACGUUAACGAUAUCGCUCUACUUAAAUUCGACUGGCUUUAGUUUUCUGAUCGCUCUAUCACACUCUCCCUCCGAUAGGCAUUGUCUUCUUUAAUCCGCCAUUAAUACAAAUACGCCGUCGUUUCACUCUCUUUCCUUAUAUAUAUCAUCAGUUCAUCAGUCAGCAGCAUCUCGGUGUCCUUCUUACUGUAAAGCAUUACACUUUAAUCUCAGACGGCGAUAUGUAUGUGGUGAAACAACCCGCCACUGCCGCUCUUAAGUCAACCGCUGCCGUUGACCGCCGGGUGAAUGGGUCCGGGAACUACGUCAGGGUCGGGAAGGCACGGGUGCCCAGAUCCGGGACACGGGUCAAGAGGCACGGAUCAGUGAGAGCCGUGAUCAGCGGCGGAGACAAGGCGUCCGUGGAGGCUGCGACGCCAUUGCAGAGCAAAGGCGUUAAUGGGUUGUCUUCUUCGUCUUCUGGAGCUGGAGAGAUCCAGGUGAAAGCGGUGGUGACGAUCAGGAAGAAGAUGAAGGAGAAGAUCAUAGAGAAGAUUGAGGAUCAGUGGGAGUUCUUUGUCAAUGGGAUUGGACAGGGGAUUCUGAUUCAGCUCAUCAGUGAGCAAGUUGAUCCUGUUACAAAUGCAGGAAAGAGUGUCCAAUCCGCCGUGAGAGGGUGGCUGCCAAAGCCGGUGCCCUCGGAGUAUGCAAACAUUGUCGAAUAUGCUGCUGACUUCAAAGUCCCAUCCGACUUUGGCUGUCCUGGGGCAAUUAUGGUUUCCAAUCUGCAGGGCAAAGAGUUCUACUUGUUGGAGAUUGUCAUUCAUGGUUUCGACGGAGGCCCCAUUUUCUUCCCUGCAAACACUUGGAUCCAUUCACGCAAAGAUAAUCCGGAAAGUAGAAUUAUCUUCAAAAAUCAAGCAUGUCUUCCUGCACAAACACCGCCGGGCCUUAAGGAUCUUCGACACGAAGACUUACUCAGCAUUCGGGGUAAUGGGAAAGGCACGCGAAAGGAACAUGAUAGAAUCUAUGAUUACGAUGUUUACAACGAAUUGGGAAAUCCUGAUAAGAGUGAAGAUCUGGCCAGGCCGGUCCUUGGUGGCGAGGAGAGGCCUUAUCCUAGGCGCUGUAGGACUGGCCGUCCUCCAACCAAGACAGAUUCUCAUACCGAAAGUAGAAUCGAAAAGCCUCAUCCAGUUUAUGUGCCUCGGGAUGAGACUUUCGAGGAAAUUAAGCAGAAUGCUUUCUCCACUGGAAGAUUGAAAGCUUUACUUCACAAUCUCAUACCAUCUCUUGCUGUUACAUUGUCAAGUACAGACAAUCCUUUCGAGUGCUUCUCUGAUAUAGAUGACCUAUAUGUUGACGGUGUCCUCAUGAAAUGGAAAGAGGAGGAGAAGAAAGAAGGCAAGAAACUGUUUCUGGGCAGCAUGGUGAAAGAGGUUUUUUCCGCUGGUGAAAGGUGGUUGAAAUACGAAAUCCCUGCUGUUAUUAAAAUGGAUAGAUUCUCGUGGUUGCGCGAUAAUGAAUUUGCACGCCAAACUUUAGCUGGGGUCAAUCCAGUCAACAUUGAGAUUUUGAAGGAAUUUCCGAUUCUCAGCAAGCUAGAUCCUGCUGUUUACGGUCCUCCCGCAUCUGCUAUCACAAAGGAAUUGUUAGAGCAAGAAAUCAAUGGGAUGAGUGUGGAUAAGGCGAUUGAGGAGAAGAGACUGUUUAUACUUGAUCACCAUGACACAUAUAUGCCAUUUAUUGAGAGGAUGAACGCCUUGCCUGGGAGAAAAGCUUAUGCCUCUAGGACGGUGUUCUUCUAUACCCCUACUGGUAUUAUGAGGCCUAUAGCCAUUGAGCUUUCACUUCCACCUUUGGCUUCAUCCCCGAAAUAUAAACGUGUUUAUACUCACGGGCAUCAUGCUACUACACAUUGGAUUUGGAAGCUAGCCAAAGCUCAUGUUUGCUCAAAUGACGCUGGCAUUCAUCAACUAGUCAAUCACUGGUUGAGGACUCAUGCUUGUGUCGAGCCAUAUAUAAUUGCGACUCAUAGACAGCUUAGCUCAAUGCACCCCAUUUUCAAGCUACUCCACCCUCACAUGCGCUACACUCUAGAAAUCAACGCACUGGCACGGCAAAGUUUGAUAAACGGAGGGGGAAUCAUUGAGGCUUCUUAUAAUCCGGGAAAGUACGCCAUGGAGAUUAGCUCUGCAGCCUACAAGGAGAUGUGGAGGUUUGACAUGGAAGCAUUACCAGCUGAUCUUCUUCAAAGAGGCAUGGCUGUGGAAGAUCCUUCGGCUCCUUGUGGCGUGAAGCUCGUAAUUGAGGACUAUCCAUACGCUGCGGAUGGUCUCCUCGUAUGGUCUGCUAUAAAAGAAUGGGUAGAAUCAUAUGUCGGACACUACUACUCCGAGCCAAAUUCUGUAACGUCUGACAUUGAGCUCCAACAGUGGUGGAGUGAGAUCAAGAAUAAGGGUCACCACGACAAGCGAAAUGAGCCUUGGUGGCCUAAACUCGAUACCAAAGAGGACUUAUCCGGUAUACUUACAACGAUUAUUUGGGUCGCUUCAGGUCAACACGCAGCCAUCAACUUUGGCCAGUACCCUUUUGGUGGUUAUGUACCAAACCGUCCGACCAUUAUGAGAAAACUCAUUCCGCAAGAAGACAGCCCUGAUUACGAGAAGUUUAUUUCUAACCCGCAGCAAACUUUUCUGUCUUCCUUGGCAACUAGACUUCAAGCCACCAAGAUAAUGGCCGUACAAGAUACGCUCUCAACUCACUCCCCCGAUGAAGAGUACUUGGGUCAGGUGAACCCGCUGGAAUCCCAUUGGAUCAACGAUAAUGAAGUUAUGAAGUUGUUCAAUAGAUUCUCCGAUAGGCUCAAGGAGAUAGACCAGACCAUUAACCUACGAAACAAAGAUAGCCGUCUUAAAAACAGGAGUGGAGCUGGCAUUCCGCCAUACGAAUUGCUGCUUCCCACCUCAGGCCCUGGAGUAACUGGCCGCGGAAUCCCCAACAGCAUUUCUAUAUGAUAGCUGUGCUCGGAUCAAUGUUUUGGUAUGUUCCUUCUGUUUCACUCUGUCGGAAGCUUGUACGCUCAAGCGAUUAGCUUCUUAAUCAAUAAACAACGUGCAAUUUUAGCUUGUUUAUAAAACUAGUGACAGAUAUGUGAUCAUUGUUGUACUGUUUAUGUUUAAAUCGCAAAUACUUUAGAAUGAUGAACAAUCCUUGCUUGGUGCUCAA